GGGGGGGAGAGGGAAAGCGAUGAUUGGAGUGAGGACUGGGUGAUUUGUUGAUAUUUAUAUUGGUAUUGGUAUUAGUAGGUACUGAAAGGGGAGUCUGCUAGGAGGGGAAUUAUUCCGGGGGAGGAUUUACCUUUGAGGAAUCUUUCUUCAUUCGGUGUGUUUGCGCUGCUGGAAGUAGGGAAGCAAUUUUAAAGAAAUCUUCUCGGGUUUGCAUCAAUUCCAUAUCUCUAAUCAUAUCGCCGAGGUUGGUAUCUGGAUUAUCUGUAGGGAUAUUGUUAUAGUUGGGUGAUGGGUGAGAAGUCGAAUAUACUUCUGAGAGAGGGUAAGAUGUUGGGUUUCUAUGAAGAGAUCGGAAUCCCGGAGACGGAUCUCUGGAGUACAUUAUUUGAACGGGAGGACAAAUUGUUUUCGGAUGAUCAAGUCCUUUAUACCUCUUCCACCUCUUCACACACAUACUCCUCCGUCAGAUCCCAAACCAUCUCUUUUGGCCUCGGUCUUCGCCACCAUUACUCCUUCCAGAAAGGCGAUGUCCUGGCUCUUUUCUCGGAAAAUAAUAUCGAUACUCCUAUUACUAUGUGGGGAACGCAUUAUAUAGGUGGCAUAGUCAGUCCUGCUAAUCCGGUAUAUACGAAGCGGGAGUUGAUGCACCAUUUGAGAGAUUGUGGGGCGAAGGUUAUUGUCACGACGGGGGAGUUGGUGGGAAGAGUAAGGGAAUGCGUGGAGGAAAUUGGGAAUGGGGGAGCUGGGAGGAGCAUUGAGAUUUUGGUGCAGGGUGAUGAGGUUCCUGAGGGGGAGAGGGCGAUUCGGGAUAUUCUUAUGGGGAAUGAGGGGAGGGAGAGUGAGAAGAGGGUGGAAGUAGACCCGGGGAAGGAUUUGGCGUAUUUGGUGUAUAGUUCUGGAACGACCGGCUUGCCAAAGGGUGUUAUGUUGACCCAUGGGAAUGUGGUGGCGAAUUUGAUGCAAGUAGCUUCGAGGGAGGGAAAGUUGAUGAGAUGGGAUCGUGAUCGGAUUUUGAGUGUUUUGCCGUUUUUUCACGCUUAUGGCCUUCAAUGUCUCGUCCAUCUUCCCUGCUAUCUCGGUGUCCCUACCGUAGUCAUGAAAUCUUUCUCUCUUCCCACCUUCCUUUCUUUGAUUCAAGAAUUCAAAAUUACAUACACAUACGUCGCACCGCCGAUAGUCCUACAUCUAGCAAAAAGUCCAGUAGUGGGGGAAUACAACAUAAGUAGCUUAAGGGGUAUUGUAGCGGGUGCUGCUCCGUUGAGUAGAGAAUUAAUUCACAUGGUGAAAGAGAGACUGGGAGUUGGAGUACGGCAAGCUUACGGAUUAAGUGAGACGAGUCCGGUGACGCAUAUGCAGCUCGAAUAUGAUAAUGGUCUUGGGUCGGUAGGACCACCCUUGGCAAAUCAAAUCGUCAAAUUCAUGUCUCCGUCGGGUACAGAAGUACCUGUAGGUAAAGAGGGAGAAGUUUGGAUCUCGGGCCCUAAUGUGUUUCUGGGCUAUCAUAAUAAUCCGGAUGCUACUUCUGCGGCUUUAGUUACUUCUUCUCCCUCCUUGAAAUCAAAGUAUCCGUUCUUCAAAACGGGGGAUAUAGGAUUCCAAGAUCCAAGAGGAAAUAUGUAUAUAACGGAUCGUGUCAAAGAGUUAAUCAAGUAUAAAGGAUAUCAGGUUGCACCAGCAGAGUUGGAAGGGGUGCUGGUGGAACAUGAGUGGGUGGAAGAUUGUUGUGUUGUCGGAGUCUUUGAUAAAGAGCGGGAAACGGAGGUUCCGAUUGGAUUUUUGGUUGGGAAGGUGAGUGUGGGAAAGGAAGAUAGGAAAGUGUAUGGAGAUAGAGAAGGAAUGGAGGUUGAGAAGUGGUUAGGGGGCAGAGUGGCGGAUUAUAAGAGAUUAAGGGGUGGUGUGAGAUGGGUGGAGAGUAUUCCGAAAAGUGCUAGUGGGAAGAUCUUGAGGAGAGUUUUCAAAGAUCAGAUUAAGAAGGAAGAGGAGGGUAAGGUUGCAAAACUAUAGUUUCAAUAAUUUAGGACAGGACAUUGCAUUUUUGGAGCAGGCGAUUAUUGUAGUAGAGGCUGAUUGUUUAACUAUCAUUGACACAGCAAUGCCCAAUACCCUAAUGUGAUUUGAGCUAUAUGGAUUCAAGAUUGAAAUGUUA